AUGUCCUUGAGUGGAGCCGGCGCUGGGCCUUUGCCAACAGGCUUUGGUAUGCCGCCGCAGUCGGGUAGUAGCACUCUCACAGAAUUCACCAAGAGGAGGAAUUGGUCGCAAAGAAUUAUAGAAGAGCUCAAGGACUUCUUGCACAUUCUCACCCCGGAUGGUCGAAUUUUAUACGUGUCUCCGUCAUGCAAGGCCAUCACCGGGUACGAGCCGCAUUCACUCAUAGGCAAAUUCAUAGGCGAAUAUGUGCACCCUGACGACAGCGGCAUUUUCAUGCGUGAAUUUAACGAAAGCAUAGCCAGCGGGAAUGCCUUGCGAUUCUUCUACCGAUUCAAGAAGGACGAUGGUACGUACAUGAUUUUCGAAUGUGACGGCCACCCACACAUCUCGCCAGAACCGCCAGGUGCAACCACAUUCGGACAGACUCCAACCGGCCAGACACUACCAGUCUCCGGUCUUUGUAGAGGUUUCUUUAUGAUGGCAAGACCGUAUCCCACAAAAAAUGCCGCCCUUCUCGAUUCCUUCCUGGAGCACAAGAUCGAGAACGAGCGCCUCAUGAGGCGGAUAGAGGAGCUUAAACGCGAGGAGAUGGAAGAGAACGCCGAACAAGAAAGACUGUACCGGGAACAAGCGUCGUCACAAGCAGGAGCCACACCUUCACAUUCAGGUCCGGCGGGCUCGCUCGCCCAGGACGGCCUCUCGGAAGCACCCAAUGCCACACCCAAUUACCAAGGCAUGCCGCCACCCGCAAAACCUCCCAUCUCUAACACUGCCCUUACGAGGCAGAAUCUCGACAGCGCACUUUCAGCUCAAAAACCGGAUAGUAUUGCCGACAAAAUGUCACGGUACGAAGCUAGCAAUACCCACCUCGAAUCAAUCGAGCUGCUCACUGGUCUACGGUAUCGAGAUGGAGAACGAAGUCAUGGUAUUUCUACUGGUGAUACGUCACCUGCGCUGAUCAGAGGCGACGCGGGUAUUGCCAUACUCCUGGACCGAGACCGUGAGAGCUCGAAGAAGGAAAAGAAGAAGCUAAAGGUAGCCGACGAAUAUGUGUGUGCAGACUGUGGCACGCUGGAUUCACCGGAAUGGAGAAAAGGACCCAAGGGACCUAAGACUCUCUGCAAUGCAUGCGGCUUGAGAUGGGCCAAGAAGGAGAAAAAGAGGACGGGAGAUGAUGUGAAGACAAACUCGCCAGGAGGAGCCAUGUCCGCGCAACCUAUGCCGCCUGCAGGUCUGACAUCUGCUGGAAUGCCUCCUGGUAUGCCAUUACAGCACAGCACUGACUCCAGCGGUGGUACACACGGCAUGUAA